AUCCGUUAUAAAACAUAGGAAAGCAAUCUUCGAAGGAUCCGUUAUAAAACAUAGGAAAAGAAACUAAGUAAAAGACCACAAAACCGUUUGAAAGUUGACAUAUUUACGAGUAUUACCUGGUUUUACCCGGUUUUAAUCCGAUGUAAAUCAAACCGCUAUCCAAAAUAAAUACAAACCGUAAAUUAUUAUUAAACCGAAGAAAGCAGACCGGAUAAACCGUAGAUCUGUUUCCUUUUCUCCUUAACCGUUCCCAUUUCGAAAAACAAACUGUUCCACUCCAAUCGUUUUCUAUUUUUCUCUCUCCCCUAAACAAAGAAUCCUAAAAAAUUUGAACCCAAAUCAAGGAGAUUUGCAAAAUUGAGGAAGAUGGUUGAAACAAGAGGAGCUAAGAGGAAAGAAACUGACGUGAACGUGGAGAUUUCGACGAAAGAAGUAGAGAAGAACGCGAAGAAGAAAAAAAGGACCAUGAACCAAACGAAAGAGACGACGAAGAUGACGGAGGAAUCUGUGAUGGUGACAGAUGAUGUCUUGCCGAUGAAUUACCUCGUGGAAGCUGCGGUGGCUGUUGAGCUAGAACGGAGUGGCCCGACAUCGGAGGAGGAGGAAGACGGCGAAGAAAACGGCGACGACGACGGAAAUGAGGAUGCGGCGAAUGAUGAAGAGAAAGAAGGGGAAGCGGAAGCGAGUAGUUCUGACGAAGAAGAAAAUGGUGACUCUGAUGAAGGAGAGGACGAAGAGGAUCCGCAUGCAACCGCGGCAGAGGAAGCCUCAGAUGAGGAGAAAGAGAACGAAGUUGAGACUAAUGUCGGGGGCCCGACUAAUGCCUGUGAUGGAAACCGCGAGGAAGAAUCCCUAGAUGACGAAGAAGAGAAAGAGCAGGAGGAGGAAUUUGAGGCUACCGAGGCGGCCAAGCCAAGUAGAAUGUUCUUCUUUGAAAAGGAGUACAAGAAACAAAUAAAGCUAGGGACAAGGUGUAUGAUAGUAGACGUUAUCGAUACGUUUUUGUCUCUGGAACCGGAGGCAAGUGAUGCGGAGAGGAGGUGGUUUGAGGAGCAUCCACAAUUCUGUCACUUGUUCCACAAGAAACUGGAUGCAAAUGCACAAGAAAAUUUUAAGAGAAGGAAGAAGAAGAACUCAAACCACAAAGUUCAGGGAAUGUGGAUGUUGUUACUGCGUACUGCCGAUGUCGCGAAGAAGAGAGAAGUGUGGUUCAUUGUCAAUGGUGUUCCCAUCCAUUAUGGGUUGAGGGAACACGCAUUGAUAUCAUGCCUAAACUGCUGCAACUAUCCUCUCGGAUACAAGGAGUUUGGUAAGAAGAAAUUUGUGAAGCGCCAUUUCACGAACGGCGAAGCAAUAAGGUUGGAGGAUGUAGAAGCAAAGUUGUUGGCAAUGGGAGCCCAUAGAGACAGGUUGAGGAUGGUGGUUCUGUUCUUUUUAGGAAGUGUUAUAUGCGCGCAAACAAAAGUUGGCGCAGGAGCCAAUGAUGUAUUGGAUUUUUCCAAAGAGUUGUGGAUGAUCUUGGAUACUGCAAGACCUUUCCAUGGAGGAGAACUCCUUUGAUUAUAUGGUUAAGGAGAUCUCCCACACAAUGGAUCAUUUCGGAGGAUUGGUGAAAGAGAAGACACUAUGACCACUUCCAGGUUUCUGUAUUCCUAUAGAGGUAAGUAAUAGAACAUUACAAAGCUAUUAAAUUUGAAGUAUUGUUUUGUUAACUUUUUUUUAAAAAAUUGGUUUUGUAGCUUCUUACUUUCGAGGCAAUUCCUGAGUUGGGAAUGAGGUUUAGACAACCGGUUGAAGAAGCUGAUCCAUAGUGUCCGAGAAUGUGCCAGUCAACGUUCAAAAAAAUAUAAAUGAAAAGGUUUCCUUUUGCAAGUGUUAAUCAAGAACUGGAUAGGAUUAAGGUUAGUGUUUUCUUUUUCCUCCUGCAAAUUUCAUUCGUAAUUGCCAAAUUAGGUUGGUAAAACUUGGGAAACUUUUGUAAAACUGUUGGGGGAAAACUAGGAAAACUAGAUAAAACAUGAUUUGGUAAACUUGUUUGUAACUAAUUUGUGUUCUUAGCCACAAGAUAUUGACAGCAUCCUACCUACCAGGAACGAAGAAGAAAAAGCUCUUUUGGGCGUUAUUCAUGAAGAGGACGACGACGACGAUUGCACUGAUAUUGCUAUGGACAGCUGGACUAAGCGUAUUAUUGAAGGCUAUACUGUCUUUUUUGAAGAAAUGUGUGAAAAAGACAUUGUAGCCCGACAAGUAAAUGAAGGAUCCGUUAAUGCAGAACAUGCAGUCCUUGAAGGCAUUGCGGCAGGGGAAGAAGUGGCAGAAUAGAAGAAGAUGUUGGAGGAUGUGAUGAAGAAAGUGGAAAGUCUUGGAAAUCAUCUAGAGAGAGUGAUGUCGAUAGUGGACAAUUUUGAGGAAAGGUUGGGGUCGCUUGUGUCGUUUGUGAAAGAAGCGCAGAAGGGAUCGAAGAAGAAGUGAAGUUGUUGGUGUUCCUUGUCGGAUAUGUAUUUUAUGAACCUUUUUUGUUGAUGUUUCAUCCCGGAUAAUGUUGUUGGUGAACCUAAUUUAUGAUGCCUUGUUAUGAAAAACUAAGAGUUAUGGGUAUAAUACUAGGACAACUAGGUAACACUAGUAUAAUUGAAUACUAGGACAACUAUGUGAAACAAUGAGAAAAUGGUAAAACUAGUAUAACUGUUUGUAAUACUAGGACA